AUGACCAACAGCUCAAAGAAGAAGAAGGAGAAUAAGAAGAAGGACUUUCAAAAAGCAAAACUAAAGGUUGGAAAGGCGAGACCCAAGGCAGCAAACGGCACAGAUACGAGCUUCCGUGCGAAAUCGAUAUCUCUCAAGCAGCAAGCACUUUCCACAAGUGCCCCAUCUUUAGAAGCACAAUGCGCACAUUAUUUGGGCUUGCUUAAUCACAAGGCAGACACACAGCGAAGAGAAUCCUUAGCCUUCUUGACAUCAGCCAUCGCAAACAAUCCGCCUACAGUGCCAUUGCCGCAGCCUUCGUCUGUCAUCAUUCCUGUGGCACAAAAGCUCAUUCUGGAUGGAUCCAAUAGCGUUCGUCAGCAGCUACUGAAGCUACUGCAAAGCUUGCCGCCACUCGACAUUGCUAGUCACGCCGACCAACUGUUACUCCAUACAAGAGCUGCCAUGACGCAUUUAGCAACGGAAAUUCGUUUGUUCGGCCUUGACGUAUUGGAAUGGUUGCUUGCCGUUGCAGGCGACGAGGUCGUCAGCUGUGCUGGAGGUUGGGUGAAGAUGCUCAAAUGCUUCCUCAGUCUACUCGGUUGGCAGAGCGAAGCGUCAAGCAAAUGGUCAACUGCCAGAUCGUACGGAAAAGCUGAUACGAAGAUGCAAGUCAAGCAAAUGAACGCCCUGACUUCCUUCCUCCGCGCGGGACUCUCCCACAGGCAGACAAUAGCACCUGUCGACAUCAGCGACAGCAACUUCCCACUUUGGCAUACUCAGCAUCAUGUUCUUUUUGAGCGAUCAAACGUUUAUGCACAUCUCAACUUGUUUGGCGCUGCAAGAGAUGAGGAAGCAGAGAUGUAUGAAGACCGCGAAGAUCGACAACGAUUAUUCCGAGACCGAGCCGAGGCUGCAAUCGUCGCAGGAUUGGAGCAAGCUACCAAAGGUGGUGGAGAAUUGGGCAGAGCGGGUGCGCAACUCCGUAAAGCCGUGAAAGAGGGUAUGGCGGACUUCUACCGAGAGGAUCCAAUGGCCUGA